AGUAUUUAUUAUUUUGUUAUUUGUAUAAUUUAUUAAAAAUCAUAAACUAAUUUAUAUAAAAUUAAUUAAUUAUUUUAGGGUUGUAUCAAUAUUUUUAUUUUCUUUAAUUUAAAAAUAUAUUUAUCAUAUUUUGAUUCUUUUUUUCAAUUUUUUAGUCACUCUUCCGACAAAACAAAGAUAUCUACAACCAACUACAACGCACUCCUAUAAAAAGCCGGUGAUUCCAUAUUUCCGAUUCCUACCUCUUCUCUUUCUCUCUCUAGAUUUCUUGGUUGGUACUCCAACUCCGAACCCUCCUUUCAAUUUUCUCUCUCCUCCAUUUCCACCAUCAAUGGCGGCAUCAGCUAUGGUGCUAGACCCUAAACCAACACCACAAUCAUCUUCUGAGCCACCUCCAACAAUUUCCUUUCCAUCUUCAGAUGAUUCUUCUUCUCCCGAAGAAGAUCUUUACGGUUCACUAAAAUCUUUAGAGAAACGAAUAGAAUUCGUAACCAUUCAAGAAGAAUACGUUAAAGACGAGCUCAAAAAUCUCAAGAGAGAGCAUCUUAGAGCGCAAGAAGAGGUUAAGAGAAUUCAAUCUGUUCCUCUUGUUAUUGGUCAAUUCAUGGAGAUGGUUGAUCAGAAUAAUGGGAUUGUGGGGUCUACUACUGGAAGUAAUUACUAUGUUAGGAUUCUUAGCACUAUCAAUCGUGAAUUGCUAAAACCUUCUGCUUCUGUUGCUCUUCACCGACAUUCGAAUGCCUUGGUUGAUGUUCUUCCUCCUGAAGCUGAUUCCAGUAUUUCGCUUUUGAGUCAAUCUGAGAAGCCUGAUGUCACUUAUAAUGACAUUGGAGGAUGUGACAUUCAGAAGCAGGAAAUUCGUGAAGCAGUUGAGUUACCUUUGACUCAUCAUGACUUAUACAAGCAAAUAGGAAUUGAUCCACCUAGGGGUGUUUUGCUUUAUGGCCCUCCUGGCACAGGAAAAACAAUGCUGGCUAAGGCUGUUGCCAAUCAUACUACUGCUGCUUUUAUCAGAGUUGUUGGCUCUGAGUUUGUUCAGAAGUACUUGGGUGAGGGUCCCAGAAUGGUUCGUGAUGUCUUUCGUCUUGCUAAAGAGAAUGCCCCAGCGAUCAUCUUCAUUGAUGAGGUAGAUGCUAUUGCUACUGCUAGGUUUGAUGCUCAGACCGGUGCUGAUAGGGAGGUUCAACGUAUUCUUAUGGAACUUUUAAACCAGAUGGAUGGAUUUGACCAAACAGUGAACGUUAAGGUUAUCAUGGCUACUAAUCGAGCUGACACUCUUGAUCCUGCAUUGCUACGACCUGGAAGGCUAGACAGGAAAAUUGAGUUUCCUUUGCCUGAUAGGCGUCAAAAGAGACUUGUGUUUCAGGUGUGUACGGCCAAGAUGAACUUGAGUGAUGAGGUAGACUUAGAGGAUUAUGUCUCUCGUCCAGACAAGAUCAGUGCUGCUGAGAUUGCUGCAAUUUGUCAAGAAGCAGGUAUGCAUGCUGUCCGUAAGAAUCGGUAUGUCAUCUUGCCGAAGGAUUUUGAAAAGGGUUAUCGAUCCAACGUGAAGAAACCUGACACUGAUUUUGAUUUCUACAAGUGAUUAUCGGCAAGGGUAGAAAUGCUAGGAAAUGAGCUUCUUGUGUAUUUCAUGGUUCAAUCUUUUCAAACAUACGUGUAACUUCCAUAGUAGUUAAACAUUUGGAGUACUUUAAAUAUUUUAAAAAUGCUAAAUGGUUGUUUAACACACUUGUGUUGUUGGUUAGUGCGUACAUGAAAGAAUUUAGAUUAUUGUCUUGACUCUAGUGUCUACUUCGGCAGAUGGAAAUUGGAAUGUCUCAUCCAUUCUUGUCUCUUUAGCCCUAUAAUCUUAAUGUACAAAAUAUACUCCCUGUUUCAUGAUAUUAUGUUCUAUUAUAUUAUUUGAGUCGAAGAGGAUAAGGAACAAUUCAUAAAUUAAGUGCCCAAAAUUA